CAACAACAACAACAACAACAACAACAACACCUGUAACCAUGUCUGAAGGCGUCAUGCGGGUCUCGGAGAUCAUCACGGAUCUCAACCAGUUGAACAUCAACAUCACCGCCAAGGACUUCAAGCGCAUGGACCCUGCGUUGGUGCAACUUGUCUACACCUCGCUCUUGGAGAAGGUGCUUGACCUGGACCUGAACGAGUUCACGACACAGUUCCAGCUGCCGCCCGACAUUGAUGCGGGCUUCGAUUACCCAGAGCUGCACGACCAAUCUGUGCCGUUGGCCGUCGUCAACUGGGUCAUGUGCAGCCUGAUGAGCGACAUUGGCGUGGAAGACUUCUCUCUGGCAGAUCUCCUGCAUCCGGCAGAGAAGCGAACAAAGCGCAACUUGUCCGUCCUCAUCCCUUACUGCUACUUUGUGCUCCAGCAACGCGACGAGCAACAGAAAGUGAUGCAGGAGCUGACCGACAUCAAGCAGGAAAGCAAGGCGCUUCAGGACGAGAUUGAUGGUAUCAAGCUCGCCAUUGAGGACGCAAAGAAAACAAAGCAGGAGCAAGAAGAGGAAGAGCGGGCGGUUGAGGGCGAGCUUGACGAAGUGAAGCAGAAGGCCGUGGGCCUGUUUGAGGAACGCGAGAAGCUGUGCCAGACGCUUGAGCAGAAGAAGCAGGUGUACACGCAGCUGCGCAUGGACAUUGAGAAGAUGCAGCAGGCUAUCAAGGAAGAGCAGGAGACAUGCAGCAGCCUCGAGGCGCGCAUCAUCAAGUCGCCCGAGCGGCUGCUCAAGGAGCGCGACGAGAAGCAGCAGGACCUCUCCUACGAACAGAGCCUGCUCGACAAGUACGAGCGCCAGUACCAGGAAGGCACGUCCAAGCUGACCACGCUGGGCGAUUGCGAGGAGAGCGUGCACCACAUUAUGAAGCUGCUGCAGGACGCCCACACCAAAGCGCGCGGCAUCAAGGGCGAGAAGCACAAAGCGCAGGAGCUUCAGGGCGCCAUCAUGACGGCUGAGGAUGAGUUGCGGUCGCUUGUCACCUCGGAGCAAGGCCUGCAUGACCACCACAAGUCCCUCCAGAAUCGCCUCAGGACACUCAAGAAGAAGCGCGAGAUGACGCGGCAGUCUGAUGUGCAGUCACUGCACAGCGUGCACCAGGAGCGCGAGCACUACGCGCAGUUGCGCCAGCAAGUGAACGAGGAAGUCGCACACGCUGAGCAAGAGUGCAUGACGUGGGAGGAGAAGGCCGAGCGACUUCAGCGCCAGCACCAAGAAGACGUGGCUGCGGCCCGCAAGGAACUCGACGCCCUCGGCAAGGAGCUCUCCAGUUACCAGGGCGCCCUCCGCGCUUGUCUUGCACACUGAACUCCGCUUGUCCUGUCCGCCUGCCCACCUUACCAGAAAACUCCUUAACUGCUGCUGCUUUUGUGCUGCUUUCCUUGUGUAUUCCUUUCCCCCCUUUUCCUUUCCUUCAUUUCAUGUGUCAUGUCAAAUCCACUCAAAGCACACCACCGCCUUCUCUUCCCUUCUUGCCCUUAUUUCCAUUCUUUUCCUUGCGGCGUUUGAGUUGUGCGUUACAUCAUCAUCUCAGCUGCCACCAUGAUGCAUGCCAGUCGCAUCCAGCAACACAUGUCAUCAGUGACAGACAGGGAAAACACGAGAG